AUGUCCGAGGUCACAUCACGGUCGUCCGCUUCGCGCGGCAGAGGUUCUGGCCGCGGCGGUCGUGGCGGCUUCGCUGGUCGUGGAGGUCGCAGACCCAAUGGUGCCGACAAGCCUGAUCACAGCGACUCCCCUGCCGCCUUUGACGACGACGGCGACCUGGGCGAGCUUCGAAAGCUGUACGGAGAUAAGACUUCUGUCAUCCGCGAGAUGUUCCCAGACUGGUCCGAGGCCGACGUUCUUUUUGCUCUCCAAGAGACAAACGGUGAUCAAUCCGAAGCUGUGACGCGCAUUGCUGAAGGUACCAUUUCUCAAUGGGGUGAAGUCUCCAAGGCCAAGAAGCCUGCUCGCACGAAGGCCAAGGAUGCUGCUCCUGCCGCGACUACCACUACCGAACAGACGACUGCCGCGCCCCGCGCUGCUCGCGGCGGCCGCGCCGUGUCCGAAGGAGGUCGAGGACGAGGCCGAGCCACAGAGAGAGGUGGUCGCGGUGGUGCUCCUCGUGGUCGUACCGCCCAGCCUCCCAUCAACGGUGCCUCGCGCAACAAGGAGAACCAGCAGCUGUCUGUCCCUACUGAGGAGUCCUCUGCUUGGACCGAGACCAAAGCCAAGGCUGAGCCCGUUGACACUAAGCCUGCCUCUGAGCAGUCCGCCAGCAAGCCCGCCAAUCUCGCCAAGACAUGGGCCAGUAUGCUCCGUCAGUCGACCGUCCCCCCCAAGCCCGCUCCUGUGCAUGACCAGGCCCAGGCCAGCUCUGCCGACUCUGCUGAGCCCGCUGAUGCCCCCGAAACUGUCCCUGCACCCGCUCUUGCUACUGAAGAAAAGCCCAAGGCCGACGAGGAGACGACUCCCGUUGCCGCGACUGCUGAUCUGGUCAUUGACGAGCCUGCGCUGCCGCCCUCCAAGGACGAUCUCACAGAGAUAAAUCUUGAACAGAGCGAUAUUAGUUCCACCGCCACUCCCCUCUCCGCCGCCCAGCGCCAGCACCAGAGAGUGCCCAUCAGUGGUUACGCCGCCUCUGCCCUCAAGGCUACCACUGACAGAACUGCCCGACCCCCCGGCUUCCAGCGCCGUGUUCUCGACCAAGAAGAGGCUGUCCGCAUGCCUGGCAACCGUGAAGUCGAUCGCGCUGCUGUUCAGUUUGGCGCCUUCAACCUCGGUGAUGGUGACGAGGAUGUCGAUGGUGAACGCGAGGACGCCGAGACUCGCGGUCAACCUCCUGCCGACUCUCCUGUUGCCCAGCCUCGCACUUCCCUCCCUCCUCCUGUAGCCCAACCCUCUGCGGCACCCGAAUCCUUCCCCAAGGCCGCUGCUCCUGGUACUGGACCUACCGCACAGAUUCCUACUCAUCCCGCCCAACCUGUCAUCCCUGGCCAGCAGUACGGCCGUUACGCCCAGGAUCCAUCUGCCCAGAAGCCCAUCGACCCAUUCGGCCAGCAAGCUACGGCCGUUUCCCAACCGCCCUUCGACAGCUUCUCCUCUACUACCACGACCCAAACCCCCUCCCAAGGCGCCUUUAGCUCUGCCCCCGAUUAUUCCAACUACUACACCGCCAACCAGCAGGAGCGCAACGCCUAUAAUAACUACUAUGCUCAGCAGUACAGCCAACAGCAGCAGCAGGCUCCUCACGGCCAGCAUGACGCUCAGCAGCGACCCCUGGGUGGCUACAACGCUGCCCAGACCGAUAGCUUGAGCCAGUAUCCUCAGAGCGGAUCGUCACACGGCCAGCCCCGUUUUGGCGUCACCGCUGACAGCCAAAACAGUGGCCACUCUACCCCUAACCCUGCCAGCCAGGCCCAGCAGCAGAUUCCUCAGGGCCAGCAGGCUCAACCCGGUCAGCAGGGACAGGCUGGCGCGCCCGGCUCCCAACCUCAGGGCCAUGGACAACAGUACCCCGGCUACAACCAUCCUUACUACCCGUACUACCAACAAUACUACUCUGGAUACGGCCAAGGUAACUUUGGUCCUUACGGAAAGGGUGGCAUGUACGGCCAGCCAUACGGCAUGUCUCCCAACGCGCCUUAUGAACACGCCAGCUCGCCCGGUAACUUUGCACCAUCCAACGCUCACCGCGACAACGCCGCCAGCUCUGGCCUGGGUGACUACGGCCGCGGUUCUGCUAGCCAGACUGGCUCUCAGCCUGGCCUCGGUGCCACCGGGUUUGGCGGCUCCCACGACAGCUUUUCCCGAGGUGGCUCCGCCUUCCAGUCGCAGACGCAGGGUUUCAACAGCCAAGCCCAGCCUGGCGCUGGUGCCUCGGGUGCUGACGACCUGAAGCCUUUUGGCGACGGCAAAGCCUCUGGACCCUCUCCCUCUAUUGGGGGUGCCCGUCCCGGGUCGGCCACUAACACUGGCCCUGGCGGACAGGCCAGCGGCCUGCCUCCUCCCCAGACCUCGCAGAUGGGCGGUGGAUACGGCGGCUACCCGAGCCACCUGCAGGGCCAUGGCGGCCACGGUAGCGGCGCCUACGGAAUGGGCAAUACCGGCGCUGGAGCUAACCAGCACGGUAACACCCCCUAUGGCUCUUACGGCAACCAAGGUUUUGGCAGCGGUGGCUACUACGGUGCUGGUCAGCAGCAGCAGCAGCGCGGCGGCUGGGGAGGCAACUACCAUUAG